GCUAUCUAUCUCUCACAAGUCAGUUUUGAGUCAUUAGAAGGGGUGAGAUCAUCCCUCACUUGUUUGUUCUGUAUAGUCUGUUUCUGGAAUUUUGUCGUAAUUUCUAUUUAUGCCCAAGUCUCUUUUAUGUGAUAGCAAAGAGACAGUGCAAUUGUCUUUCAUUUGUUUUCAGGAAGUAGCUCACAGGAGAAGAAGCCAGUUGUCAUUUGUUCUGGAUCAUGAGUAGCUACCUAGUGAUGUACCUAAUUUUGGUGGUUGUUUUAUGUGCUAAACUUUUCUUAUUUGUGAAAAGAAAAUAUUUAAUGUUAUAAAGCAGUUCACUGCUCCUAAAAUUAACCUGCUAGUUCACCCCUUUUAGACAUUACAAACUGCGCUGAUCAGGGCUGUACUAAUGUAAUGCUACAUUUUGUUUUCUAGAAUCAAAUUCUGUUAUUUUAAUAGGUCAAGUAGGGAGAAUUAUCAUGUUGGAGUAUAAUUAUACUGUUAUUUUCCUUGCUCGGAUAACUGAACAACUGAUCGCAAGAGCUUUGCGUGUGAUGGCUAAAAUUUAACAGCUAGUGUCUGCUAUUCAUAGGUCUGAACACUGAACGUCGGCACGAGGAGAUUCCUGUAAUGAACAUGCGAGACUUUGGUGAGUUGAUUCAUAUUAACCUUCCUGAUUUGUUUCUUUUGCGUAACUCUGCCUACUAGCACACAUACUGUAAUCUGGCAGUGGCUAUUUUUGAAAUGAUUUGUUUUGCGGGGAUUGUAGUGAUUCAUUGAUGAUUCAUGUCAAGUGCAUUCUUAUCUUUCGUUGCAUCAAGUCUGCUUACUAAUACACAUAUCAUAUACAGCAUUUGGAGUGGUGGUUUAUGUAGUUUGAUUGGUAAUGGCCAAGAAUUGCCAUGCUCUUUUAGAGUUAAUAUAUUUUCAAUUAUUUUGUACCGGUUGUUUGAUUCUUAAUUAGAUAAAAAUUCUAUGCAUCCUUGGUUGCGCAGCUGACUUUGCAGCCAUGCUGAAGUUUGAAGGUACUCGCCCCUGGCAAUUUUUUAAGCUCACCUUUCUUGAAAGUUUUGAAGUUGUUGGUUGUGCUUUUCUAUAUAAUUCUUCGUCAUUUAGAUGUUUUCCUUGCUGUUAAAAUAGUCCAUAUUAUGAUGGUCCAUAUAUUCUGGCGAAACUUAUGGCCCAUGUCUUACUGUUAAGCAAUCGUGUGUUGUAGAGUGUGCCUAAGAGUCAUGCUUAGACAUUUUCUUUUCAUGACAAAAGAUUGCAUUGCGUUAUGACUUCUGGAGUCAACGCAUGGGCAAAGCUCGAAAAUAAGCCUCAAUUCCUUUUCCAGCAGAGGUUACUUGUUGCAGAAUCUAUGAGCUGUAUCGAUUUAAGUAUACCAUAGCACAUUUCUCCAGAAGUUAGUGCGCCACUUGAAACUGGCUGCAAUUUCCCUUCAGCUGUAAUCUGCAGUAGGCCAAAAUUUUCACUCAGUUAACUUAAACACAACAUACAAAGCUAUUGACACUUGCCGCCCUUAAGAACAGAGUAGCAAAAGGCAAUUGUUUGUCAUUCCAUCAUCAGUCAAGGAAGCUAUAAUCCACACCCACACGACUUAGGCUGGCAUGUGCCCCUUUUCUACUUUUUCCUUUUGCAGGAGGGCAUGCAAACACUAGCAGUAAGAGUAUGACCAGAGGAGGACUUUUAGAACAUUUCAGAGUGGCUCAUCAUGAUUGCAUGUAUGCAAGUCCUGUCAUCGGGGAGCAUAGGAAGUUGCAAAACGAUUGUAUGGACAAGGUCCUAAUGUGUGUAAUGAUGUUCAUCCUAGCAUCACUGAUCCGUAGUUUCACUGAUUUUUCUGAUUUCACCAUAUUUUCAAAUCUGAACUUAGGAGUGUAAUAAGGACCGAGUUUGGUAUCAUACAUGUUUCGAUUUGUUAUAUCUGAUACCAUGCUUCAGUUCUGUGUUCUGCGAUACUGUUUGUGUUCAGAACAAUGUCUGCAAUUGCUACUCUUAGCCUCUGUGAAGUUCCCAUUAGGUGUUGAUUUUCUGUAACCAGUACCUAUUCAUCAUAGGUGUGAGUGUGAUUGCUCUGCUCUGCAAACUCUGCUUUCAACUCUUUUCUGGAGUCAUGAAACUCUUCCAGUAGCUGGAAAGCUAAAUAGGAAGGUUGCAUUAGAUUUUUCGUUAGACACUUGCCUUUUUUAGAGAACGUUAACACAUACAUUUGUUUAUCAGUUGAUGGUGAAUUGAUAAUUUUUUUUAAGAUAGAUAUAACUGUGACAUGGCACUGAUGUUUUCUUGGUUCUUUGCCGCAGAUCCUACUUUAGCGAAAAGUGACUGGUGCCACCAUUUCGGUAUAAGUGAUUCGUUUUGGUUGAUUCAUGGUCAGCUUUGCCCCAAACUGCUGCUCCUUUUCCUCGAACCUAUGUCUCUUAAGUUCGGGGGAUCAUCAUGUUCGGAUUCCAGAAGGUCACCCCAUCAUUGUGCAACCAAAACGAUGGGCGCUGUUGGAGAUCAUAUUGCCAAUUGCCGCGGCAGCUAGUGGAGUGAUCAAUGAUAAGGAAGGUGAUUAGCCUAGCGCCAAAGAACAAAAAGAAGUUGUAAAAGAUGACAAGCACAAGGGCUCAUUCUAACACACCUUAUAGAAGAGUCAAUUACACCAUAGGUGUCUAAACUUGGCAAGAAAAAUCAGUUUGGUGCUGAAACUUGCGGCAUACAGAUAUGUGGUGACAAAACUUGGCUUCGUAGUGCAGAUACGGUGAAAUUCACGUUUGGAUACGAGAUGGGUGCUGACGAGGCCCGCCAGCGUGGCGCCGGACCCACUGUCAGUGGCUGGACCGUGUGGGCGAGGGCGUGUGGCCAGGGUUUUCGCGAAAGCCCCCGAAAUUUGUUUAUUUCUCACAAAAAAGCCCCUGCAGAGGCGGGAGAGGCGUGGCAGGUAAGUUAUAUGCAUAUGGCUGGAUUAGUGUACCCAAAACCCUGCCUCGCCUCGAGUUGUCCUCUCGAUCGUUCGCAGCCGACGGCGGCGUAGAUUGGGACGACGGCAUUGAUCGGCGGCGGCGGCGGCGACGAUGGAGCCCCGCCGGCGAGAUCCUGGGGAGCCAGCCCCUGUAUAUGGUGAUUUUGAUGGCCAAUUCACAGUAGAGAUUCAUCACAAAGGAUUCUUCUCUGGAACUGACAACAAUAGGAGCUACAUUGACUAUGAAGUUGAUUGGUUCGAUCAUUGUGAUUGUGACACUUGGUCUAUACUGUGGAUUGAAGACUUUGUGAAGCAGCUGGGCUAUGAUCGAGAGACAUGGCAGCAUGAUGUAUACUGGUGUCUACCUGGAAAGACAAUUAAUGAAGGAAUGAGAGAGAUGAAGUGUGAUGCUGAUAGCCUUGCAAUGAUAGCAGCUAGCACAGUACACAAGAAUUUGUUGCUGCUCGUAGACCAUGGAGAGACAGUGAACAACCUUCUUACAGAUGAUGUUACAGUUGAUGCACUGCCUGAGUUGCCAAAGGUCAUAACCCCAAAAAAAGAUGGCAAGGGCAAAGAACAAGCUAGCUCAACUGAAGUGAGAAGUAGAGCAAGGAGAUUGUUUACUGAAGCAACAUCUUCAGGAUAUGCUGAUGAAGAAAUGGAGGAAGAAGGUGAAAAGGGUGCGGCGGAUUCAGAAACAGAUGAGGAAUUCUAUGACAGUGACUAUGAUAUUAUGGAUGGGGAUGAUGAUUUGUAUGAGGAACAUGUUGACAAAGAGGUGGACGAUCAUAGAGAAAAAGUUUAUACAUGUGACUAUGAAACAGAGCUAGCAGAAGAUGCUCUAGAUGAUCCUACCAUAAUGUUAUCCAAAGAAGAGAGGGACAAGCUCAAGUACAACUUCAAGGGUUUCAACCCAGAAACUGAUUUGAAUGCCCCUGUAUUCAGAUUAGGUAUGGUGUUUGGUACUGUUGAGGAGCUGAGGCGUGCUAUUACCUCUUAUAGCAUCAGAAACAGAGUUGCAAUUAAAAAGACCAGAAACACAUCAACUACAGUAGAAGCAGAAUGCAUUGAUGAUUGCCCAUGGUACUUGAAAGCAGGGAUGGACAACAGGAAAAAUAGCUUUGUGAUCAAGAAAUACUGUGAUCAGCACACGUGUCCUAAGACAUGGAAGCUGAAGGGUCUAACUGCUCCAUUUUUAACCAAAAAAUUCAGAGAUGAGUUCAGGGGCAAUGAAAAGAUGCCAUUGCAGAAAUUCGAGGAGAAGGUUCAGCAGGAGUACAAUCUAAUUCCAAGUAGGAGCAAAUUGGGAAGGGCUAGAAGAGCAUCAGUAAAGCAGAUCAGAGGUGAGGAUGAUGACCAGUAUAAGAUGUUAUGGGAUUAUGGAGAGGAAUUGAGGCAAACAAACCCUGGCAGCAAGUUCUACCUUUGCACAAAGGAGAUUUUUGAUGAAAAGACCAAGGAGACAAAGGAACAUUUUUCAACUUUGUACUGGUCAUUGGAUGCAUGCAAGAGAGGCUGGUUGAUGGGGUGUAGGCCAAUAAUAUUUGUAGAUGGAUGUCACAUUAAGACCAGGUACAAAGGGAAUUUACUGACAGCUGUGGGUAUUGACCCCAAUGAUUGUAUUUUCCCCAUAGCAUUUGGGAUUGUGGAAGUGGAGUCCACUAGCAGCUGGGAGUGGUUUUUGGCUAGCCUAAAGGAUGAUCUCAAUAUAUGCAACACCUCUCCAUACACAAUCAUGAGUGAUAAGCAGAAGGGUCUUAUAGCUGCAGUUGCAAAGGUGUGGCCAGACGCUGAACACAGGUUUUGUGUCAGGCAUAUGUAUCAAAAUUUCCACAAGCUUCACAAGGGGGAACAACUAAAGAACAAUAUGUGGGCCAUUGCAAGGGCUACAGACACUCCAACAUACAACAAAGCAAUGGAGAAGAUGAAGGCAGACAGUGUGCCUGCAUACGAAUGGGUUGAGAAAUGGCCACCAAGAACAUGGAUUAAAGCUUUUUUUAAUCCUUUUCCAAAGUGUGACAUCCUGCUAAAUAACAUGUCUGAAGUAUUUAACAGUUGGAUUUUGCCAGCCAGAGAACUUCCUAUUUACUCGAUGGUUGAAAACAUAAACAGCAAGAUCACAGCAAGGAUAUACAGCAAGCAGAUGGAAGUUGCAGAAGAUAGGAAAUGGAGUAUGAGAUUGUGCCCAAAAAUUCAGAAAAAAUUGGACAAGUACACUGAUUGGGCUGCAAACUGCAUGGUCUUUGGAGCUGGUCAGAAGGUUUUCAAGGUUGUGUCAAUGAACCACUCCUACAUAGUGGACUUGGAAAUGGAAACCUGUAACUGCAAGAGAUGGGACUUGUCUGGCAUUCCAUGUCACCAUGCUAUUGCUUGUGCUAGAAAUGAGAGAAUUGACCCUGCAAGCCUAGUGCAUGAUUGUUAUUCAGUAGGGACAUACAAAAGGGCUUAUGCUUUUAAUGUAAAACCAGUGAGGGACCAGGAACAUUGGACUAAGAUGCAUGGCAUUGCUGUAUAUCCACCAGUGUACACUAAGGUAAUGGGGAGACCAAGGAGGAAUAGAAAGAAAGAUCCAGAGGAGAAGUUGAUGAAAGAAGGAGGGAAAAAGUUGACAAAGCAUGGUGUAACCAUGCACUGCUCCCUUUGUGGAAGUGCAGACCACAACAAGAAAGGACACAAGAAGUGGGAGGAGACCACAAGAGAUGCUCCUCAACCUGCAAAUGUUGCAGAUGAUGAAGAAGAAGAGUAUGAUGAUCCUACAAUCAUUUCUAACAUACUGCCACACACAGUCCAUCCACACAUGGAUCCAAGUCAAACCCCAGGGUCCAUGGUUUUCCUCAUGCAGCAAAUGGAGAGGAGAGCGUACCAACCAAGUAUGGAUCAUGGACCUCUUCCAGAAUCAACAUUUGUUGCACAAGCAAGAAAUGACAUACCCCCUCCUAGGGUUACGACUGCUAUGUCAAGAGGUAGGGUUAGAAGAAGAGGAGUCACUGAAGACAUUCCAGAAGAUGUACCACAGUCAAGCAACCAAGCUGGAAUUUCAAGAGGAAGAAAGAGAAGAUCCACUGGAGCUGGUGGAGCAGCAGCUGGCAGGGGAGGCAGAGGAUCUAGAGAAGCAACUGGUAGGGGAGGAAGAGGUUUUGGAGCUAGUGGAGCAUCUAGCAGGGGAGGCAGGGGAGCUAGGGGAGCGGCUGGCAGGAGAGGUAGAGGAUCUGUACAGCAGACAAGCAACCAAGCAGCUGGAAGAGGAGCAGGGGAAGCAUAUACUGGACCAGGUGCUGAGGAAGCAUAUACUGGACCAGGUGCUGGGUUCUGGAACCUUAUGUUUGGACCAAAUUCAGAGAGUUCCUAUGUGCAAGCAGAAGAGGAGCCAGUGACCCAAAAUGCACCAAAUGAAGAGUGGAUUGAUGAUUUCCAAACCUUGUAGAUCCCAAUGCCAACCGAAUUAGUUCAUGAGUGAACUGAACUAGAUGGAAGUGCAAGUUCAUAUAUGAACUUUUGUUCAUCAGACAAGUCAUAAGACUAAUUUCCCAUUUGUUUAUGCUGUAAUGUGAGAAUCUGAACAUGUGUUAUGCUGCUAUUUAAGUGCACCUGUAUGCACUGAUC